UGGCACACUCCGAAACUGAGUCCGGGGGUGUAAGUGGCAACUCAACAGGAAUAGACUGGCACCAAUCUUCAACCUCCGCCUGGUGAGAGAAGAGAAAAGAGCCGGUCUGAUGAUGGUAAGGAAAGUUUCUGCUAGAUGCCGAUGAGUCAGUUCCCUUCCAUUCAUACCACAGUUCAAUCUCAACGCAUAAAGAUAAAGCAUAACAACAAGAGAUCUUCCAGCAAGAACUCAAUGGCCAACGAAUCGCAUGCCAUAGCUCAUAGCAAGGACAGACUCAAUGUAGGAGAUGUUGCUGAUCCGGACGAGGUAUACGGACAGAUUUGGGCACCAGGAAAGCAUAGGACCGAUAAGUCGAUGCUUCCAAGCUGGUUGAGACAUCUGGCCAGGCCGGAUAUACCGGAGGACUGUUCGAGUGCACUGUCCACCAAUGCCGGGCAUGACUGGUGAUCCGAUCUCGCAUCGAGGGCGGGACUCGCAUGGCUCCAAGGUCGCUAAAGGACAUGGCCAUCUCUGGAUGAUGACCGCGAUGGA